AUGGCCGCAGCUUCGGGGUCGGGGUCCGCAAAGGACGGCGUCGCUCUCAAGUUUGCGACUUUCUCGUCUGAGAUUGAGCUUCCCUUCUACUCGGCACUAUUUUCAUCGAAACUCGAGCAUGAUAAGCUAAGCGACUCGGCGCGACCAGUCCUGGGACUGUACGAGCCAAGACCUGGCGUCGCAGCCGACGAUUCAGUCAAGAUGCAGGUUCUUGGUAGUGCUCUGACUAGUCAUCAUGUCCCAGCUGGUACCGUCCGAGCAGAAGGCAUCAUCCGAAACCUCAACACAUUGGAUGCGUUUAAGAGUGUGGAUAAGGCCGAGGUCAUUCACAAUGCUGCAAGACAGAUAUGGGAUGCCAUCAAAGAUGGUACCAUCUACUCAGUACCGUCACUAUUGGCUUCAUACGUGAUUCUUUCGUACGCCGACCUUAAGAAAUACAGAAUGACAUACUGGUUCUGCUUCCCAACACUUCCUUCAGACCCCCAGUGGAAGAGAACAGGCGACAUUGGUCGUUUUACCGCAGACGAGAGUACUGCCUUGGUUGACCGCGUCGGCACUUGGCGUUAUAGUGUCGAUAACCGGGAAUACGGCUUCUUCCUGGCCAAAAAGGUCCGAGGAAAAGAUGCAGAAGCCCUGAGAUCCUCGCUCGAUAACCCCGACGAAGAGAACAUCGGCUUUAAGUGGGAAGUUGGUUCACUUCGAGACUUCGAGACAGGUUUCUUCAACAGUAUCCCGGAGGAGGAUCGAUAUGUGUCUUUUGUCGAUGCCUCGAAUUACGAGGAGCACCCAGCCUGGCCUUUGCGCAAUCUUUUGGUUCUUGUGCGACAGCGCUUCCAUCUAUCGAAAGUUCAGAUACUCUGCUAUCGAGAUAUCCAGUCCCGGAGACACGAAGCCCGCAGCCUUGUCCUCCCUCUGGCCAUGGACGCUGUAGACUCGAUGGACACUGCCGACAUGCCGAAACCUACUGGCUGGGAGCGUAAUCCUGCCGGUAAAGUUGCCCCGCGAUCAGUCAGUCUGGCAGAAUCCAUGGAUCCGACGAGAAUCGCCGACCAGUCUGUGGAUCUGAAUCUUAAGCUGAUGAAGUGGCGCAUAUCUCCUGAGCUCAAUUUGGAUAUCAUCAAGGAUACCAAGUGCCUUCUCUUGGGAGCAGGUACUCUUGGAAGCUAUGUUUCUAGAAAUUUGAUGGGCUGGGGCGUUCGAAAGAUCACUUUUGUGGAUUACGGCGCAGUUUCCUUCUCGAAUCCUGUCCGCCAACCUCUAUUUGCUUACAAGGACUGUUUGAAUGGAGGAGCACCCAAGGCUACCCGAGCAGCUGAAGCAAUCAAGGAGAUCUAUCCCGGAGUCGAAAGCGAAGGUCACGUGCUGUCAGUCCCCAUGCUUGGCCACCCAGUCACCGAUAAGACCCAAGGUGACUUUGAGAAGCUCAAGGCAUUGAUCGAAGCACACGACGCCAUAUUCCUCCUAAUGGACAGCCGAGAAUCACGAUGGCUGCCUACAGUCAUGGGCAAGGCUGCUGGAAAGAUUGUCAUGAAUGCGGCACUAGGAUUCGACACGUACGUGGUCAUGAGACAUGGCCCAGAGCCCCGCGAGGAGGGAGAGAAGACUCUUGGAUGUUACUUCUGCAACGACGUAGUGGCUCCGGGCGAUUCUCAGAAGGAUUUGACUCUUGAUCAACAAUGUACAGUCACGAGACCAGGUGUAGCCGCUAUUGCAUCCGCCUUACUCGUUGAAUUGAUGACGAGCAUAUUGCAGCAUCCCAAGGGUGCUUACGCUCCGGCUCCAAUCGCAGCAGAUGGUGCUGGAAAGUCAUACCAACGAGACCCGCCCAACCAUGCUCUGGGUCUAGUUCCCCAUCAAGUGCGCGGUUUUCUGGCAGACUUCAACAAUAUGGUCAUCAAGGGCGAAUCCUAUCCCUGUUGCAGUGCGUGCAGCAAGCCCAUUUUGGACGCAUACAGGAACGAUGGCUGGGCAUUCUUGAAGCAUGCACUCGAGAAUAAGGAGUAUGUGACCGAGCUCAGCGGUCUUGCUGAAGUUCAACGACAGGCAGCAGCGAUGGAGAAUGACCUUGAUUGGGAUGAGGAGGAUGAGUCUGCCAAGGACGGCGACGAUGAAGCAGUACUGCUCUAG